AUGCACCCCCCAAGAGCCCCAAAUCGGACCCUUCAUAGAACGGGAAAAAUGGCAGUCUGGCCCUUCUCUGGGCUGUGGAAUAUCUAUAAUACAACUCUGUUCCAAAUGACCUUGAUCGCUGCUCUCUUAGCUGCUGUUCUUGGCGAUUGUGAUCCACCAGACAAUUUAUUCUUUGCUUCUCCAAUAAGUGAGGUGAAUGAGACAAGCUUCAAAGUUGGAACUAAACUGAGAUACACCUGCCGCCCUGGCUAUAGUAAAAGCAGUUCAAAUCUGUUUCUUACCUGUACACAGGAUGGCUCAUGGAAAUACCAUACCUUCUGUAUCAAGAAACGAUGCAGAAACCCAGGAGAUUUACUUAAUGGGCAAGUGGAAAUUAAGACAGAUUUGUAUUUUGGAUCACAAAUAGAAUUCAGCUGUUUAGAAGGAUAUCUCUUAAUUGGUGCAACUACUAGCUACUGUGACAUCGCAGACAAUGGAGUUGGCUGGAGUAAUCCUUUGCCAGUAUGUGUAAUUGCACACUGUGAGCCUCCUCCGGACAUCAGCAAUGGGAAGCACAAUGGUGGAGAAGAUGAUGUCUACACAUAUGGCUCUUCUGUCGCCUACAGAUGUGACCCCCAAUACUCACUCUUAGGCCAAGCCUCCAUUUCCUGCAUGGUAGAGAAUAAAACGAUAGGUGUCUGGAGACCAAGCGCUCCUACCUGUAAAAAAAUCACCUGUCCUCGGCCAGAGGUUCCAAAUGGAAUGAUACAGUCUGGAUUUGGACCCACCUAUAUUUACAAAGACUCUGUUAUGUUCAACUGCAAGGCUGGUUAUGUCCUCAGAGGCAGCAGAUUAAUCCAUUGUGAAGAAGAUAACAACUGGCAUCCUUCUCCUCCCAUCUGUGAGCUCAACAGUUGUACCAAUUUGCCAAACAUCCCUCACGCUAACUGGGAAAUAUAUAAGAGGUACAAGCCAAGAGAAGACCAACUGUAUAGUGUUGGGACUGUGUUGAGGUACCACUGCAAUUCUGGCUAUCGACCCGCUGCAGAUGAGCCUACAACUGUUACUUGUCAGGAAGAUUUGACAUGGACCCCGUUCAAAGGAUGUGAGAAGAUAUGUUGCCAAACACCGGAUCUGAAGAAUGGCGAAAUCAUUCACCAGAAGAAAAGUGAUUUCACUGAUCCCUGUGACUAUUUCUUUGGAGAUUCUAUUAGAUAUACAUGUCAUAAGAGGUCUACGCCUAAAUUUGAUGCUACUUGCCAAGCAGAUGGCUUGUGGCAUCCCAAAACACCAACAUGCGAUGACAGUUGUGAUUUUCCUCCUGCCAUUGCCCAUGGACGUCAUACUGAUGUUGGUUCAUUUUUCAGAACUGAGGUUUUAUACGAAUGUGAUGAAGGAUACAUUCUGGUUGGACAGGCUAGAAUCUCCUGCAGCCAUUCAGUCUGGUCCCCUCCAGUUCCUAAGUGUAAAGCUCUGUGUCAGAAACCAGAGAUAGAGAAUGGAAAGCUGUCUGUGCAUAGGUCUCAGUACAUUGAGGGUGAAAAUAUUACUGUCCAGUGCAAUCUUGGCUAUGGUGUGGUCGGCUCCCAAAGUAUCAGUUGCUUAGAGAACAGAACCUGGUACCCAAAGGUGUCCAAGUGUGAGUGGGAAGUUCCUGAAGGCUGUGAGAAAGUACUAGCAAGUAAACACCUCAUGCAGUGUCUACCAAACCCACAGGAUGUGAAAUUAGCCCUGGAGUUGUAUAAGCUGUCACUGGAGAUUGAAAAAUUGGAACGAGAGAGAGACAUGACAAAGAAACCCACUCAACAGUCUUAUUUUCCCCAAAGCAUAGAGGAAUACACACCUUGA